GAAAGUCGCAACAUUUCUUUCUAUCUCUAAAGUAUUGUGUUGGCGAUUAUCUUUCAAAAAUAAUCGUCACAAACUAAAACGAUAUAACUGAAUAACUAAACUAAAUUCUAACCAUAACAAUCCUUAAACAGAAUUGUUUAACACAAAUCCAUUUUCGAUGAAGACUUGAGUUGCGUCAAUAUGAAUUCGAUUUAUUCGGGUUUUGUUUUGUUUAUAUUGGUCGUGGUCUGUUCUAGUGUUCCUGUACCUCGGAACCCAACUGACGCGACGAAGGAUUCCGUGGAGAGUUCUUUAAGAAAGGACGUUGUGGAGACAAAACCUGCAGAAACACGUCCCAGCGUCCCCAUCACGUUUGCUGGACGUGGCCAAGAUGUCAAGAGAUCGUUUAAAAACGGCAAACUACAGCCUCCUACAAACAUAAAGGGAACGAGAAGACAAGAAAUAGAUAUGGACGAGACCGAGGAACAAAGUGAUGUAGAUCAAGAGAGGGACGAUGACGAAGAUACUACGAAGCUCAGCGAUGAUAGUUCAAUGAAUGCAGAGUCUGACUCAAAAUUUACCGAAGAUGACGGAAGCAUGACGGACGAUACCUCAUCCAGACCGAUGGUAAAAGUCGAUGAACCCGAGGUUAAAAAGUUAAAGGGUGAUGAGAGUUUGGAAGGAGACGAUGGAAUGAAAUCGGAAGAAAUAGCAAGUUAUAGCAACGAUCUAGAACGGGAGAUGAACGACGUGAGUGUUGAUGGUAGCUCCGAUGUGACAAAGAGUUUUUUGAAUGACGAGGAAAAGACAGCAUCUCUUGACGACAAAAGUAAAAAUUACGAAAAUUCGAAUAUCGACAAAUCUAGAAGUGAAGAUGCUGGUAGUAAUGAUCAUAUUGAAUCUGGAAGUGACAGUAGCAAUGAAGGUGCAAGCGACAAUGGCGAUAUUAGCAACGCUGACAGCCAUAGUGUCGAUGAUAGUAAUGGUGACGGUGCAAGAAACGAUGAGGAUUCUAGUAUUAGCAAUGGAGAAGGCAGUGAAGCUACCAACACUGACAGUGACGAUGAGACAAAUACUCAUAGUGACUCUAGCAAUGAUGGCACAUCCAAUGAGAAUGAUGGUGCUUCAAAUAUCCAUGAUGAUGAUUCCGCAGUCAAAGAUGCCGAUGAGUCAGCAAAAGAUAGCAAUAGUGAUUUAAUGGGCAAAGCUGAUGACACCACUGCCAGUAAACCAGACACCAGUAACCAUGAAGAUUCAAGUCAGUUUGACAAAGACUCUAAUGACCUGACAGAGACUGACAGUGGGGCAAACAGUGCACCUGUUAAUGACGAUAAUGUCGCAAGUGAUAAUGAUGGUAGUAGCAAUAAAAUUUCUGAGUCAACAAAUGAUGACGAUACUUCUAAUGAAAUUAAGCUUGAAGGUAAAACUCCGUCUAAAACUACUAGUGGUAGUGAGAAUUCAAACAGUAAAAGUACCAAUAGUUUUGAUGGUAACAUAAACUCGGAAAGGCAGGACACUACAGGUCAUUUUAAUGAUGAAAGCUCCAGCGACGCUGAUUACGAUUCAGCUGGCUUGGAUGAUGACAGUAAUAGUUCCCCAGAACCUAAAGGAUCGGGUGGUAGUGAAGACAUUGCGAGUAGUUCGAACAUUGCAGAUAAUGUUGAAUCAGACAAUAGUGAUUCGAACGGUAAAAAUAUCGAUGGUGGCAACAAUUCAGACAGUGGAAAUACCAUUUCUUCAAAAAAUGGCGACGAAAAAUUUGAAGACGAAAAUAUGGAUGAAUAUGAAGGUUCCAAUAAUUCUGAUACUGAAGACAGCAGCGCCACAGAUGCUAGUAAUACUGCUAGUACCAACAAUUUUGAUACCAGCAAUUCUGAAAGUUCUAGCGCAUCAGAUGGUGGAAGUACUUCUGACGGCGACAGUCCUAACUCGUAUGAUGGUUCUUCUGAAUUUGACAGUAAGAAUGGCAAUGACUUAGAUACCAGUUAUUCAGACAGUGGGAGUUCUAGUAUAUCCGAUGGCAGCGAUGGUGGCAGUACUAAGUUCGAGGAUGCCAAUGAUUCUGACAGUGACAUUGCCACCACUGAUCAUGAUGAAUCAGGAGAAAUUUUAGGCAGCCAUGACUCGGGCAAGACACCUGAGACAGUUGAACCUAACAAAAUUAUUAACAGUUUAUCAUCGGAAAACCGAGAGAUAGCAGAGGGGGUUGGAGAUCCUUUAGAAAAUGAGGCUGACGAUGACGUGGUUAGUGAUCAGACCCCGACUGAGGAAGAUGGCCGCGACGACGAAGAUGAGGCUAUGACUAAGACUUCGGCUGGUAGUGCUACUCAGGUUGAAAACAAUAGUGCUACUCAGACCAAUAAUAAUAUAGCUCCUGGAAGUACAGAUGGUCAGACAACGAGCCAGUUAGCUGGAGAUAAGCCAACACAAGCAGUCGAAGUACCAAGCAUUCCCAAAACAAAUCCUUCAGAAGUCUCUGACGAGGCUAUACAUGACCCAAUAAAGUCACCAGCAAGUAAUACCAAGACAACUCCUUCGAAGCAAUCAAGUAGUGAUAAGGAUGAUGAUUAUUUCGAUGAAGAGGAUAAAGAAGAUGAGGAAAAUUAUAAAGAUGAAAAUGGCAGCACAGCCGAGACUAAUAGUGACACUCCCACCUCUCCUGUUCAAAGUGACUCUGCAACAGUUGAUGUGAAACCUACCACUAAUAUAACCCCUCCUGCUCCUGCCCCCUCCACAUCAUCUAUGGACGAUUCCACUUCUAAUGAAGAGCAAACCCCGACUUCACCAUCUGAAUCGGGCCAAAGUGUAGACGACACGUCCUCCUCUAUUGAAAAUGAAGACCUUGAGAUGAAAGACGAGACAACAGAACCAACCACUCUCCAUAUAAGUUCCACCCAGAAUUCGGAAGACACCUUAACUUCUCCAAAGAUAACGCCGCCAAAUCUCCCCCUUGCGUCACUGGAAGAUUCGACUUCUACUACAGAACAUCCCCCCACAUCCCAAUUUACCUCUGAAUCUUCACAAAGUGUGGAUGACUCCCCGGCUCAAAGCGAGAUCUCGGGUAAUGAUGAUGAUUCCCAGUCGAGUUCCACCGAAUCUCAAACCACUCAAACAACAAAGCAAGGAGACUCGUCUGCGAAUGACGGCGCAGGAACGAAUGUGGAGGUCAGCGAAUCAGAACCGAGCGUUGUAAACGAGAACAUGGGGGAUGAUGAUGAUGAAGAAGAAGAUGAUGAAGACGAUGGGGAUGAUGCUGAUAAAACUAACGAUGAUGCUAAUACUAACGGUGAUGAUGGUGAUGAAGGCGAAGCGUUGUACGGCCUAAAGCACAUGCAUCCCCUGGAUGUGAAAUUGAUAGAUGAUAUUGAUGAGAGAUUUGAUGACGCUGAGGCACGAAGCAAGAUACAUCUGAGGCGUAAUUACAAGAAUUUACGAGGCACGAAACGAACGCUGCAUACCAAACAUUUAAUAGGCCUGAGUCCUAGCGGGGGAGCCAUGGGGUACGGUGGACAUGGAUUGGGCGUGCCUGGAGUGGGUCCGUAUGGUUUUGUAGGGACAAACGUUCCCGGGUUUCCAACGGGAUAUCCUCUUGGUACCAAGUGGAAAAUGACAGACCAUGGUUAUGUUUUGGAUCAUUCAGGGUUUCAACAUCCCUUGUCACCUCACUCUGCUUGUCUUUGCGGUCCACUUGGCUGCAUGUGUCACCCUUUUCCUGACAAUGUUAAGGGCAAGAGGCGUAGCAAAGAAACACACAAGGUACAUAGUGCUAAGACAAAGGCUGUAAAAGAACAGCCUGGUCUGAAGAGAGCAAGUAUAUGCAAAUGUGGUGCACUGGGAUGUGGAUGUGCCCCACUCCCCGACCAGGAGACUGGGUCAAAACGAGAGGACGCGCCUGCAACGUCGCCACAUCCAAUUGACCUUGCUAUCGGUUGGCCCUUCGGGUAUGGACCAAGUUUUGGUUGGGGACCUGGGGUUGGACCCCCACUAAAGCCUCUGUGUCCUCUUGGUAAACGAGAUAAAACAAAGAAGACUGGUUCUAAGUCACACAAACGUUGCAUAGAUUCUUACACACCAAAUAUGGCCAAUAGCUUCGCUGCUGAGCCAUUCAUGGGAUGGCCUUUUGGACUUCAUAGCAACAUUGGUUUCGGCUGGCCUUUCUCGGGAUGCUCCGGUGGAGGCUGCACUCUUGGUGGUCAAACCUAUAUCAAUAACUCAGGACGAUAGCCUGGAAGGCUGUCAGAUAAUUUUCAGCAACAGACUGCUGAACUAUAUAGAAUGGUCUUAACCAAUAAACAAAGAACAGUCGGACUUCAGCGCCAGUACGAUGAUUGCCAUUAACUGUUUAAACAUUAAACGUUAGUUUAAAACUAUUUUUUAUGUUUACCAUGUAAAACAUAGCCGGAAAAUAUACGUUACAUUAACUUUGUCAUAUACAACUAAGUUUUUAUUA